AUGCACAUUGUGCCUCAUUUUGCAAAGAACUGGGAACCGCAGAUAACGUCUCUUCAACAUUGCGGCAAGGGCCCACUGCCAAGACGAAGAAUUCUUGAAACCUUCCCUGGAGGCAGUGGCCCAGCCACUGAAAUUUGGCUUGCGCGAACGUUGCCACCAACAUUGAAGCUUGCCAGUGCCACGCAAGGCGCCUGCGGUGCUCUCCCGGUUGCAGUGGAAGCACCAUUGGCUGCCACGCAAGGCGCGUGCUCAACAGAUGCCAACCAGAAGAAACACCAUCGCGUCUCGAAGCCUUCGCUGGAGGCCCAGCCAGCGUUGGAUGAUACCAACCAGAUGACCAACCGUCGUGUUACCUAG